AUGAGCGGUGGAGUGAACUUCAAAGUCAUAUCUCAGAGUCAGAGCGACGCAGGUGUCAGCUCCGGUCUGCCUCUACCUCGAAGCAUGAUGCCUCAUCCCAAACAGCAAUACGGCGUCCCCCCCCAUCCUACGGGUCAGUAUCAACACCCACCUAGACGACAGCUUUCCUACUCUUCAUCUUCAUCCGUGUCCUCGGGUCCUGCAGAGAUGCUGAGAGGUACAGCUUUAAAGAACCACCUGCUGCAGCAAAAAUCAGGCACCUAUUCCCAUAGAAGCCCAGCAGCUACAGAGCGUACCGAUGGGACGUGCUCGGCGUACAGCAGCCCUCAGAUACCAAAGAGGGAAGUCCGACGCUCUAAAGACACACUGGACCUCCGCGCCAGCACGCUGAACCAGACUGCUUUGCGAGACCUCCAGUUGAGACGAACCACCAACAAAAACUGGACUUUUGGAAAAUACCGUCUGAAGAGUGUAGACAACGCAGCUGAGGGUGACGCCUCGUGCCGGCUCUCUUCCAAUGUCCAGCUAGGACACGGAAGAGGACGUCUCUUUUCUAAUAAAGGUGCAAAUGGCAAUGAGCUUCCGGGUGUUUCUUCCUCUGGAAUGGGCAAUGUCCAAAAAGAGGUGAGGAAUAUCUCCUACCAGCACCUGGGAGCUUCAGAAAGAAGCGUGUCCAGCGGCAAAUCAAAGUCUUCUCAUCACACGUUCAACAUGCCACGCAGAAGGAGCGAGCCAGGAAAAGUCAACAUGGCCGCUAUUGCUCCCUUCAGGUUCAGGUUUCAGGUCCAUGAUGACACAGAUCCCGCCCUCGAUGAUCUCAGUGACUGUUCUUCUGACUCCAUGGAGGUCUGCUGUGACGAGCUAGGAGGCAUGCUUGGAAAUAGUGUGAAAGGCAGAGAAGGAGAUUUGAAGAUGGAAAGGACGGAUAGCACAAAGGCGUACGGCCAAGCAGAUGGCAAAGGAGUUGGUAUGGCAGCUAAGAGGGCAAAGUCUGGAGUGCCUCAGAGCACACAGAGGGGUGAACUGAAGGUUUACCGGGCGGGUACCUCUGAGGGAAGGCUACCAGUGCCCUCCAAUCUCCGCAAGCAGAGGUCCAUGACAAACCUGGCUGUACUCACUGACGCCGAGAAGAAGUUACACCUUUAUGAGCCCAAGUGGUGUGAUGACAUGGCCAAGCCCGGAGCGGGGCAGACCAAGAUGGGCAAGCCAAAGACAGCAGGGGUUGGCAGCAGUGCCGGAGGGGGUGCCCCUCUUUCUCGAAACCUUUCCAAAUCUGAACACUCGCUGUUCCAGGGCAAGCCCAAGCCCUUCAGCCCCCUGGCCGCUCCAUCUGCUCUGAGCAAGCAGAGCCGCAUACCUCGUGCUCCUUACGCUGAGGUCAAGCCCCUAAGCAAGGCGCCCGAGGAUGGGAAGUCAGAUGACGAGAUCCUCUCCAGCAAGGCCAAGGCCAACGCUAAGAAGCAGGGAGCCGGAGCCGGAGGGGAGUCCGGUUCCAAAGGCCAAGGGGAGGAAGGGGGAGACAAGCCCUUCCUGAAGGUGGACCCAGAACUGGUGGUGACUGUGCUGGGCGACCUGGAGCAGCUGCUCUUCAGUCAGAUGUUGGACCCGGAGUCGCAGAGGAAGCGGACCGUGCAGAAUGUUCUUGACCUCCGCCAGAAUUUGGAGGAUACAAUGUCGAGUCUGCGAGGCUCUCAGCUCAGUCAUAGCUGUAUGGACAGCAGUAAUGUGGGCUACGACAGCGACGAGACCAACGCUCGCAGCAUAUCCAGCAUGUCCAACCGCUCGUCGCCUCUCUCCUGGCGCCACGGCCAGUCCAGCCCUCGUCUCCAGGCGGGCGACGCCCCGUCCUCCACAGGCGGCGGGUACCAGGGGGGUAAGACCGGCUCCCAGUACACGGCCCAAACCAUGCCGGCUCGCUGCUCCAGCCGCCUCGGCAGCACGUCUCGCAUUGAGCUCAUCGAGGGGUUGGACGACACAGACCUAAAGUCUGGUUACCUGAGCGACAGUGACCUUCUAGGAAAGAGCCUGCCGGAUGACGACGAUGACAACCUGGCCAAUGGGUGGGACGAGAGCAGCUCCAUCAGCAGCGGCCUCAGCGACGGUGAAGGUGAUGGCUCGGAGAACCUCAGUUCAGAGGAGUUCAACGUCAGCUCCUCCCUCAACUCCCUCCCGAGCACACCCUUGGGAUCCAGACGCAGCUCCUCUGUUAUGCUCCGCACCGACGCAGAGAAGCGCUCCCUGGUGGAGAGUGGACUUUCGUGGUACAGCGAGGAGGGCAAAGCCGCCCACAAGCUCGACAGUUGCAGCUUCGACACGGGGAGUCUGAAGACGGAGGCCCCGAGCAAGUGGAGGAAGAAGCCUCCGAGCCUCAGCGAAGAUUCAGGGUGUAAAGGAGAGCUGAGGAAGCCUCAGAGCUUGGGUCAUCCAAGUAGUUUCAAGAAGGGUCGUAAUCCUCCCAUAGGCGUGACCUCCCCCAUCACCCACACCUCUCAGAGCACUUUGAAAGUCGCAGCACCUAAAAGUGAGAAGCCACUGGAUAAAUCCAGGAUUUCCCUCAAAACUGCUGGUCUACAACGGUCUCGUUCAGAUGCUGGAAGGGAUCAUCAUGGAGAGCACCGUAAGCCCCCGUCAGGUUUAGUUAAACCCACAGCCGGAGCCUCCUUUGGCUACAAGAAGCCCCCGACAGCCACCGGUACCGCCACUGUGAUGACAGCAGGGGGCGCCACCAUCUCCAGUGGCUCUGCCACUGUGGGGAAAAUCCCCAGGUCCUCUGGCAUCCCUAUGAAGCCUAUGGGAGGAGGGACACCCUCGGGUCGAAAGAACAGUUUCGACGCCAGCAGUGAGCAGAGCUUCCUGGGGCCAAACGCCCGAAACAGCAUCCAGUACCGCAGCCUGCCUCGACCAGCCAAAUCGAGCACGCUCAGUGUGAUUGGUCGCCCUGCCCCUCGGCCCGUCAGCGGUAUCAUUGACCCCAGUCUGUUGACUCUGAAACCUGUGCCCAUGGCCUCCACGGGCCCCAGGAUCAAAGAGCCUGGGAGCUGCAGCGGUAAGAUGUCUAAUCGGACGAGCACAGGCCCAGUGAACAUGACGGACCGAGAGAAGGAGAAGGAGAGAGCCAAGGCCAAGGCCGACCUGGACUGUGGUUCUCUGAAAGGAGACGCUCCCUCCACAGGAGAGUCCACUGUGAAGCUGCACGGCCUGAGACGGACCGGCAGCAGCAAAUACCCUGAACUCUCAUCACCCACCACUCCAAGGAUGCUGAACACUAAGUCUCUGGGUCGUCCACCCAGCCUGGCUCACCUGGACAAGGUCAACUCCAACAGUCUGGAUUCCUGUGUGACCAUCCAGGACCUCCCGCCCAAAGUCCCCCCUUACUCCAAGCUGCAGGACUUGGCUGGUUCCCACACCUCCUCCCGCCUCACCCCGAGCCCGGCGCCCGUUCUCCACAUCGAUUCCCCCGGCUCCUACACCAGCGAGAGCCUGAGUCUCUGCGGAUCGCCGCUGCUCUACCCCAAGCUGUCCGGCAUGCACCGCAGCAUGGAGUCCCUGCCGCUCCAGAUGAGCGUGCCUUCCAGUGCGAGGUUUGUGAGAACUGAGAUGCAUGACAAGGAUGAGAGGGGUACGGGAACCUGGGGAGCCGGAAGCAGGACAUCCCUCAACCUCACAGAUAGCUUGCAGACAGACAGAAAUACCUUGCCGAAGAAAGGCUUAGAACGCUAUGGCUCAAGCCUGUCAGAUAGUGACGGCAAACCGGGCCGACGCCACUCCCACAACAUAGUGAGCAUGACGGACAGCGAUAGCCCCCCCCAGCUGCCUUCUCCCACCCGACCGCUCCUCCUCCUCCCUUCCUCCGGCAGGGCUCCUCUCACCAACGUGGUUGCCCCAAUUUCCAGCGGCACCCCGAGGAUAUCGCGCUCCAACAGCAUCGGCCCACCCAGUGAGUCAGCCUGCGAUCUCUACGGAUCCUCCCCCCUGGGCAGCAGUAUGUCCCUGGCCGACCGGCCAAAAAGCAUGAUGCGGUGCGGGUCUUUCCGCGAACCAGGGGAUGAUGUGCAUGGCUCGGUGCUCUCUUUGGCGUCCAAUGCUUCAUCCAACCAUUCCUCGAAUGAGGAGAGGAUACAAGGGGAGCAAAUCCGCAAGUUGAGGCGGGAGCUGGAGUUUUCCCAGGAAAAGGUUGCCGACUUGACCAUGCAGCUUAGUGCCAAUCUAGGCCAGGCUAAUCUGGUAGCAGCGUUUGAGCAGAGUUUGGCGCUGAUGACGGCACGCCUGCAGACCCUGUCGGUGUCCUCGGAGCAAAAGGUACUGAUCACGAUGCUAAUGAUUGUUAAACCAACUGAGACAUGUGACUCUGAGCUCACCGAUCUGAAGGAUACCAUCGAGGUUCUGAGGGUCAAAAACACAGAGACCCAAGAAAUCAUUGAGGGGGCUCUCAGUACUCCGGACAUCGAACCCAAAAUUCCAGAAUAUUCUGAACUUGCGAUCAAUCGGCAGAACUCGUCCGAAAGCAUCUGUAGCCUCACCAGCAACACCAGCCACACCAGCCACUCCAGUAUUGGAAGUCUUAAAGAGCAGGAGGCCAAGAAGAAGAAGAAGAAGAGCUGGUUACGCAGCUCCUUCAACAAGGCAUUUAGUAAGAAGGGCUCCAAGCAGUCUGGGCCGUAUGCUGACAUUGAGGAAAUUUCCACCCCAGAAUCCUCUGCACCAUCCUCCCCUAAAGUCCACCAUGUUGGGAACAACCCUCCAUUGUCAAUGAAAUCCUCUGCAUCUACAUCAUCAUCAGGACUCGGUGAAGGAGAGGAGGUGGGCGAUGAUAAGGUUGUAACAACGCUGCGUACAGAGCUGUGGGAGAAGGAGCGCAAACUGACCGACAUCCGCCUGGAGGCUCUGAGCUCUGCCAGUCAGCUGGAGCAGCUGCAGGAGGCCAUGACCAACAUGCAGUCAACAGUGGAGAACCUGAAGGCGGAGAACGACCAUCUGAAGACCGGUACUCUGUCCCCCUGUCCGUCUCCUGGACCCUCCAGCUCUGCCUCCCAGUCCUCGGGUCUCACUGCUCUGGGAAGCUCAUCACCCCGACAGUCCGUAGCCAUGCAAAUGCCCAAGAGCUACAGCAGAGGGCUGAGUGAGGGGAGCAGCUCAGCAGACGUCUUCUUUCCAGAUUCUCUCAGUCUUUCCUCACAGAGGGACGACCACCGUGUUCGGGUGGUGAUUUGUGUCGCAGAUUUACACGUCUUCAAAGAUGAGGUCAAGCAGCAGGACUUCUUCGUCGGCACCGUCAGGGUGAAUGGCAGGAUGGACUGGCCCAUGCUGGACUCGGCUGUCAGCCAGGCUUUCAAGGUGUACAUAGCCAAGGUGGACCCCACUUCUAGUCUGGGCCUGUCUACAGACUCCAUCUACAGUUACAGUAUGGGCCAUAUCAAGAGAGUGCUGGGAGGAGAAUCUCCAGAGACACAGCCCUCUCGCUGCAUGUCCCGAGGCCCCACAAGCAUCACAGUGGCUCUGAAAGGUUUGAAGGAGAAGUGUGUGGACAGCCUGGUAUUCGAAACCCUCAUUCCCAAACCCAUGAUGCAACACUACAUCAGUCUGCUGCUCAAACACCGCCGUCUCAUCCUGUCUGGACCGAGCGGGACGGGUAAGAGCUACCUCGCUUCGCGGCUGGCCGAGUACCUGGUGGACCGCAGCGCCCGCGAACUCUCCGACGGCAUCGUGGUCACUUUCAACAUGCACCGCCAGUCAUGCAAGGAUCUUCAGCUUUAUCUUUCCAACCUGGCCAAUCAGAUCGAUCGGGAAACCAGUACGUCUGAAGUACCGCUAGUCAUUAUUCUGGAUGACGUUCAUGGGCCUGCUUCUCUCAGCGAACUAGUCAAUGGUGCUCUCACCUGCAAAUAUCACAAAUGUCCUUACAUUAUUGGAACAAGCAAUCAGCCAGUGAAGAUGAUUGCGAACCACGGCCUCCACCUCAGCUUCAGGAUGGUGACCUUCUCCAACAAUGUGGAGCCAGCCAACGGCUUCCUGGUGCGCUACUUGCACAGGAAGCUGAUGGAGUCGGAGGAUGAGAAAAGCUUGACCAACGAGGACCUGAUCAGGGUGUUAGACUGGGUGCCCAAACUGUGGUAUCAUCUGCACGCCUUCCUGGAGAAGCACAGCACGUCUGACUUCCUCAUUGGCCCUUGCUUUUUCCUGUCCUGUCCGGUCAAAGUGGACGAGUUUCGAUCGUGGUUCAUUGACCUUUGGAACCACUCUAUCAUUCCUUACCUGCAAGAGGGGGCCAAGGACGGCAUCAAGGUCCACGGCCAGAAGGCGGUGUGGGAGGACCCGGUGGAGUGGGUGCGAGGCACCCUGCCUUGGCCUUCUGCCCAGCAGGACCAGGCCAAGCUGUUCCACUUGCCUCCCCCCAGCAUCACCUCCGGCAGCCCCGGUCAGCCCUGCGAGGAGAGGCCUCACAAGGAGACUCCACCCAGCUCCAUGGAAUCUGAUCCACUGAUGGCAAUGCUUUUGAAACUUCAAGAGGCUGCCAAUUACAUUGAAUCCCCAGACAAAGAAGACCCUAGUCUGCCUAAACUUUGA